CGUGGGGCGGGCGGGUUGAGUGGCUGUACCACGGACGGCGAGGGAUGAGAGGUUGUGUUGCGCGUCUGUAGACGGGGUAGACUAAAUCGCCUCUUUCUGGUCUUUGUCCUGUGCGAUGCUCGGCAGAUUCUUCAUUUACAUAGAAUAGGCUUGCGUCUGCCUGCCGUACGCGCGUGUCUCUCCGUGUGAGUCUCCUUCCUGCGCGUGUGCGUUCUUUUUUUUUUAAACCCUCAUUGGGAGACCGCUUCUAUUACAGAGACAGAGAGAGAGACGGCACGCACACACGGAGAAGAGAGGGAGAGAGUGAGAGAGGAAACAGGAGAGAGAGAGAGAAAUACGGGCACGAGUAGAGGGACAGGGAGAGAGAGAGCGGUAAAGGGUGAUCAUGAUGACGAUGAUGAGAGAGACGAGGAGAUAGACGAGAGAGCGGCUACGUUGCAACACAGACGCAUCGAGACCAGAGCGAGCGGCAGACGCUGUCGCACGUUAGGGCGAGAGAGACAGGCGCAUAUGCACAGACAGAGAGAGAGGACACGGACACACACAGACCGACAAGACAGAAGACACACGGAGAGAGGAGCGAGAUAGAUCCACGGGACGCAACAAUGAGCGGAGCGACCAGCCGUCAUUCCACAGCCUAGACACGCGCUCCGCGCAGCACCAACGCAGCAUCGCUGAGCACCCGCCGGCGAGGCAUUCUCUAUCCACUGCUGGCGCCCAUCCGCAGUUUUGGGGGGGACACGAGGAGGAGACAAGCGCCGGGAGUCGAACCGAGAGGUGGGGGCCCAGCGGACGCGUCGCGCGAGACGAUUUGAACGUGCGGCGGCGAUGAGGUUCCAUCCACACCGCUUCUUCCCCCGUGAGUGAAUUCAGCGGCCACCGCUCUGUACAUUUAGAGACCGAACAUCGGCGAGAGGCCUCCGGCCGGCCAUUCGAGACCCCCCCCACCUCCCUCCUCGCUCCUCGUCUCGCCGAAGGCAGCUCUCGUCCGGUUCGCCGUUAAUUAAAGAGAGCGCCGUGGUGAUUUCAUUCUCGCUUGUGUCGUCGUUUGCCCUCCUACACUGCUCCUUUAAAUCCCCCCACGGCGCCCCCAACCUCUACCCACCGCCUGUCGCCUCUUCGUCGUGCCACCGGUCGCGUAUUCUCAACCUCACUGACGUCGCGACUCGGGCGCGAAGGAGGAUGGCGGUGGAGAGGAUUUGGGUGAACGUCAUCCCGUUGACAGUCAUCGAGGAGGGGAUGCACCGUCGGCCCUGAGGUCCACAACAACGUUGCAGCGAGCGAGGUGGGGGGGGAGGAUCCAGGCGAUCCGAGGGAGCAAUUCGCUCCCGUCUCUUCCACUCCAGUCUCAACGCGCGUCCUGUCGAUCCGUCCCGUUGAGGAGGAGAGGGCGGCACGUACUGGCGAGAAGUCCGGGCUACGUGAAAUUUCUGUUUUGUUUAAAGGCCGGCGGUGGUCGUGACGAACACCGAUCCGCCGGUGGCACACAGCUUGGUUUGAGGCCGCGUCGAUUGGUGGUGGUGGCAGUGGUGGGCGAGCGGGCGGGCGGGCGGGCGUGAAGUUUGCCUUGGGGGUCGGUGGACAAAGUGGACACGAUCGGGAGUGGCUUCCAUGGCUUUAGGGCCGGUGGCGGUCUGAGGCCCCGGGGGGAUUGUGUGUGUGUGGGGGGGGUUGCGAUGCAAGCACGGUCAGCACCAUGUCCCGCCCUAACAGUGUGAGCCCUCCGAGCACCGCGCACGCUCCGCACGCAGCCACCUCCUCCACCCCUCGGCCUCCUCCUCCUCCUCAAGAGCAGAGCACCCGACGCGCCUGGCCCGAAGAAGAGAAGAACGGCAUCGCCGUCAUGGACACCAAGUACAACGGCAUCGACCACGCCAGGCUGGAGCACAAGAAGAGCCGCUGGCGACGCGGCGGCGGCGGUGGCACGUCCUCCCAUCACCACCACCAUCACCACCACAACCAGCAGCAGCAGAGAUCCGUGCGCUCCAAGCCGGCGUGGCAGGACGAACCGGGCCGCGGGAGGCACGGCGUGCGGCCCAAGUCCGUGGAGCUGGGCCUGGAGGAGCGAGGCGACGACGCUCGCGGCGGCGGCGGCGCCGUGCUCGGCGACAUGGACGCCCUCGACGUGGCCUCGCUGGACAACGCGAGGCCCGGGGACGGCGCCAGCUGCUGGACGAGCGUCCUGCAGGUGUUCCGCUCCAAGAAGUUCCAGCCCGAGAAGCUGGAGCGCCUCUACCAAAGGUACUUCUUCCGGCUCAACCAGAGCAGCCUGACCAUGCUGAUGGGGCUGCUGGUCCUCGUGUGCAGCGUCAUGCUCACCUUCCACUGCCUGGCGGGCAAGUACGACCUGGCCUACGUGCUGGUGCUCGCGAUCUCGAUCGGCGCCUUCCUGCUGCUCAUGGUCCUCUGCAACCGGAACGGCUUCCACCAGGACCACAUGUGGCUCGUGUGCUACACGGUGAUCCUCGCCAUCGGAGUCAUCGAGGCCAUGUCGGUGGUGAGCGUGAGCCCGCGCAGCGCGUCCGACGGCAUCUGGUGGACCGUGUUCUUCGUGUACAUGAUCUACACGCUGCUGCCCGUGCGCAUGAGGGCGGCCGUCAUUAGCGGCAUCGCGCUGUCCACGGCGCACAUGGUCAUCUCGUGGAAGAAGAACAGCCACGACGUGUACCUGUGGAAGCAGCUGGUCGCCAAUGCGCUUGUCUUCGUGUGCACCAACAUGGCGGGCGUGUGCACGCACUACCCCACAGAGGUGGCCCAGCGACAGGCCUUCCACGAGACGCGCGAGUGCAUCAAGGCCCGGCUGCGCACGCAGAAGGAGAACCAGCAGCAGGAGCGGCUGCUGCUGUCCGUGCUGCCCCGCCACGUGGCCAUGGAGAUGAAGGCCGACAUCAACGCCAAGAAGGAGGACAUGAUGUUCCACAAGAUCUACAUCCAGAAGCACGACAACGUCAGCAUCCUCUUUGCAGACAUCGAGGGCUUCACGAGCCUGGCGUCUCAGUGCACGGCCCAGGAGCUCGUCAUGACACUCAACGAACUGUUUGCGCGCUUCGACAAACUGGCCGCGGAAAACCACUGCCUGAGGAUCAAGAUCCUGGGCGACUGCUACUACUGUGUGUCGGGGCUGCCAGAGGCACGCGCAGACCACGCGCACUGCUGUGUUGAGAUGGGAGUCGACAUGAUCGAGGCCAUCUCGCUCGUGCGGGAGGUGACGGGCGUCAACGUGAACAUGCGAGUCGGCAUCCACAGCGGACGCGUCCACUGCGGGGUCCUCGGACUCAUCAAGUGGCAGUUUGACGUCUGGUCCAACGACGUCACCCUGGCCAACCACAUGGAGGCCGGGGGCAAGGCCGGGCGGAUCCACAUCACCAAGGCCACGCUGCGGUACCUCAACGGGGACUACGAGGUGGAGGCUGGGCACGGUGGCGAGCGCAACGCCUAUCUGAAGACACACAGCAUCGAGACCUUUCUCAUUGUGGGCUGCAGCCAGAAGAGAAAGGAGGAGAAGGCGAUGAUCGCGAAGAUGAACCGGGCGAGGACCAACUCCCUGGGGAACAUGGGCUCUCCGUGGGGCCCUGAGCGCCCCUUCUUCAUGUCCAACCACGUCUCCAAGGAGAUGAAGACCAUGGGGUUUGUGGACAACAUGGGGAACACCAAGAGCAUCAUGCCGGAAGCCCUGAGCCCCGACGACGAGGUGAACGAGUUCCUGGGCCGAGCCAUCGACGCGCGCAGCAUCGACCGCCUGCGCUCGGAGCACGUGAAGAAGAUCUUGCUCACGUUCCGCAAGCCGGAGCUCGAGGAGAAGUACUCGCAGGAGGUGGACGACAGGUUCGGCUCCUACGUGGGCUGCGCCUUCAUCGUCUUCCUCUUCAUCUGCUUCGUGCAGAUCACCGCCACCCCCCAUUCGGCGCUGAUGCUGGGCUUCUAUUUGACGUGCUUCGUGGUGCUGGUGUCGGCGCUGUUCGUGUCCGGGAUCUACGCCUGCAUCAAGGUGUUCCCGGUUCACCUGCAGCGGCUGUCCAUCACGAUCGUGCAGUCACGGACCAACAGCAGCAUCGUGGGCGUGCUCACGCUGCUGCUCGUCUUCCUCUCCGCGUUCAUCAACAUGUUCGUGUGCAGCCGCGUGGACGUGCGCGAGUGUGUGGCGAGCGACCUGAACGUGUCCUCGUCUCUCAUCGACGUGUGCCUCCUGCGCUCGCUCAACCUCUCGCUGGGCCAGGAGGCGCACGUGUGCAGCUCCUUGCAUCCGCACUGCAGCUUCCCCGAGUACUUCUCGGACUGCGUGCUGCUGUCGCUGCUCGCCUGCGCGGGCUUCCUGCAGAUCAGCAGCGUGGGGAAGCUGGGCCUCAUGCUGGCCAUGGAGCUCGUGUUCGUGCUGCUCAUCGAGAUCCCGCAGGCGACGCUCUUCGACAACUACGACCUCCUGGCGCACGCCAACGCGCUAACGUUGACCCAGAACUCCACAAGCACCUGCUCGGACACGCCGGUGCGGAUCCCGCUGCGCGUGGCCACGCCUGUGGUGCUCACGCUCUUCGUGCUGGCGCUCUACCUGCAUGCGCAGCAGGUGGAGUCGACGGCACGCCUCGACUUCCUCUGGAAGCUGCAGGCGACGGAGGAGAAGGAGGAGAUGGAGGAGCUGCAGGCCUACAACCUGCGCCUGCUGCGCAACAUCCUGCCCAGCGACGUGGCGAAGCAUUUCCUGGCUCGCGAGCGUCGCAACGACGAGCUGUACUACCAGUCGUGCGAGAGCGUCGCCGUGAUGUUCGCCUCCAUCAGCAACUUCUCCGAGUUCUACAUCGAGCUCGAGGCCAACAACGAGGGCGUCGAGUGCCUUCGGCUGCUUAAUGAGAUCAUCGCCGAUUUCGACGAGAUAAUCAGCGAGGAUAACUUUAAGCAGCUGGAGAAGAUCAAGACGAUCGGAAGCACGUACAUGGCGGCGUCGGGGCUGAACGACGCCACCUACGACCGCCAGGGCCGCUCGCACAUCACGGCGCUCGCCGACUACGCCAUGCGGCUCAUGGAGCAGAUGAAGCACAUCAACGAGCACUCCUUCAACACGUUCAAGAUGAAGAUCGGCCUGAACGUAGGCCCUGUGGUUGCCGGGGUGAUCGGCGCCCGGAAACCGCAGUACGACAUCUGGGGCAACACGGUGAACGUGGCGAGCCGCAUGGACAGCACCGGGCAUCCCGAGCGCAUACAGGUGACAACCGACAUGUACAACAUCCUGGUUGCCAAGGGAUACCAGCUGGAGUGCCGUGGCAUGGUGAAGGUGAAGGGCAAGGGAGAGAUGACGACGUACUUCCUCAACGAGGGGCCGCCGGGCAGCUAGCUGCCACAGCCAGAGACAGCCGUUCACACCCCCUCUUCCCUGUCUGCGCCGAGCUGAGCCAGCCCUACCCUUCAACACUCACGACUCGUACAGUGAAGGCCUACGUCAGUGCCGGGACUGCCAAGGUCAAAGCCAAGAUCAAGACUCGUAAGGGCGCGGCUGAGGCUUGGAUUUUUAAAUGUCCAGGCCAAGAAUAAGACUUCCAGUGGUCAAGGCUGGGACACCCUCAUAAGACAAGGCCAAGUCUGGGGUUUGUAUAAUUAGAACUGCGACCAAGACUCCAAAUGUCAAGGCCAAUGCUGAAGCUCCUUACGUUUAAGCCACUAAAAGAGGCACCCAAUGGACAAGGCUGCGGCUGCUGUAGCCAAGGCCAAGACUGCUAUUCCCAAAGUCAAGGCCAGGACCAGGGCUCCUAAAGUCAAGGCCAAGAUUGUGACUUCCAUAGUAAAAAGCAAGGAAGUGGUUCUUAGAGUGAAAGCCAUGGCUAAGAUUCCCAAAGUCAGCGCUAACGAUGAGGCUCUUAGAAUCACGGCUAAGGCUGUGGCUCUGAAAUGUCAAGGCUUAUGUCAAGACUUCUCAAGUCAAGGGCAAGGCUGUAAUUAUUAAGUCAAGGUGACAUGAAUGUGAUUGCCGGCCCCUGUUAAUGUAGCUAGACGGUAUCUGAUGCGGCUGGCAAGUCGACUGCCCUCCCCAGCAGGUGGCUCAAUCCUGCUGCAGGGAAUGUGACCGCAUCUAUAAAUGGCCGCCUGCCAUUUCCAACUGUCGCGAAUCUUACACGGCUGACAUCAAAUAGAGUUUCUCCCUCUCUGGCAUCUUGGGGCUUAGCUCCCUAUACCUCAUGCAGCUUCUUUAAAAACCUUGUGUACCCGUGCCACAACACAAGCACACGAUCGGCAUGCUCGCUUAUCUCUACCCCCUUACCUUCAAUCCUGCUUCUAAGCACCACCAAUUUCCCCAGCGUCAUAGUUUAAUCCUGCGCAAAAAAACUCUGCAGAAUAUUUUGGGAUGUACAAGUCACGUCACUUGUCGUUCGCAAUGGUGGCUUUCAUGGCAGUCAAUUUUACAUCUUUCCUUUGGUUGUACGUUGACUUAACUUCCCACCGAUUGAUGUAUUAGUGCUUGAUUUUAAUGCCUUUACCUUUGAAAAUAUUUAAAGGGGGAUUAAUGCCCAUUGCAGUUAUAUUUAGAGCUCUAUUGGCAUUGCGGUUUGGUGUCCUUGUUGCGUUAAAUGUCCUCUUGCUAGUGCCGCGGACAUUCCUUUACAAUUGAGCAGCAUCAGCACACUCGGUGAAGUUUACUUUGCUGCGUCUAGACAUUCAAUUUAAACGAUCAUGUCUCUACCGCAGGCUUAUAACGGCCCGAUACAACCUCUAUGAUUCAUCACCACUGGUAUUCUUUUUUUUAAGCCCAGGCUUUCUCUUAUCCAAGUUUAUACAGCAUUUCGAAAUGCAGUGAGCGUUUUUUGAUUCUCAGCCUGGUUAUCGAUGGCUGUACCAAGAAAGCAUAAUAUAUUUUUUCAAUGAAUGUGCUCCAUUCUGAAUGUUGGUCUUUGUAUAUUUAUAGUAUUUAUUGGAAGAUGGACACGUGGCGAUCACUAUCCACAAGGCAUUGAAGAUGUAGACUCCUCUUGAUGUGGUUUCCUGGUGGCACAUUCCACUCAUCCACUGGCGUGUGACGACUGCAGGCUUGUGUCGGGGUCACCGUUUUUGUCGCCUCAUGCCUUGACUCCAAUUAACACAACCGAUAAACACAAUCAUUGGUGAAAACGUUUAAACAGAUUGUGCUGUAUAGAUACAUAAACUAAAUCAAUUAAAAUGUGCAGAUUAAUAGUGCCAACUUCACAAAGACAAAUAUGGAAGGGAAAUUAGAAGCAUAUCUGUGCAUGUGACAGACAUUGUUCCAUUUUGUAUAUUUAUCUCUUAUUAUGGAAAUAGAUUUGAGUUCAUUCAAAUUCCCAAUACGUGUAAGUUGCUUUUUCUUCUGUCAAGCGGUUUUUAGAAUGAGGCUUUGGCAUGGUUCAAUAUUGAUUCUAGAUUUGAAGCUUUCGUGACUGCAAGGAUUCAUACUCUUUGUUUUUUUCGGUAAAGUCACGUAGGUAAAAUAAAAUUUAAAAUAAAACAACUAAAUUAAAUUUUAUUUUACCUGCGUGACUUUACCGAAAAAAACAAAGAGUUUCAAUAUUGAUGUUUUAUUUUGAGAUGAUAAUUGACUGGACAUAAUGCUUUUGUGCAUAUUGAGCGUUGGGUUGUGGCUAACGAAAGCUGGUGUGUGCACUGCCUUUAGACGAGGGUUCUCCACUUGCAAUGACGUCAAAGGAGAAACAUCUACUCUCUGCCCCUACUUCGUAUUCCUUUCUCUCUUACACUACCUGAUCCACACCCAAACACAGAUCUUAACGUGUCUUUUGCCUUUUCACCUUAACUUUAGUUUGACGAUGUAAACUUUAAAUGAAUGCUCGCAACAACAAAAAUAUGUUUUAUUACAAAUUUAGGCAUGCCAGUCCUUCUGUUAGCAAGUGUGACGUUUUAUUUUUUACUUGCAGCAAUGCGAUCACGGUCGUGGUUGGUGUGGAAGGAAUUUCCCUGCUGCCACUGGGCUUCACUGGGCAUGGAACCCAUCGAGGGGAGGGAAUAGGGUCCGGGGAGGUAUGAGGAGCGGACAAUUAUAUACACUGCAGCAUUAUCCGAGGACCCAUCGCAUUCUGGACACUAGUCUGCAAAUUAAAAUUAGCGGUAUAUUCCCUGUUUAGCAUUGUAGAGACGCAAGUGCUGUUCGCAAGUUCCGAUUCAUAUUGGUAUGUGAAUGUCGUUAGGGGUUGGUGUGAUGAGCGCAAAUAAUGCCUGGUCAAAUGUUGUCUCCCGGCUAAUGUUGCCAUCUGUCCGGGUUUGACCUGUGCAGUCUAGGAAUUGGUAUCUGUGUUGUUCGGGCGGCAGGAAUUGAUUUGUACCAAGGUCCGGGGAACGAACGGCAUGGUGUCGAACCUUGUCGCACUGUGGCUGAAAAGUUCUGAUAACAGACCUAGGCAUGGCUGAGAAAAUAUGUCCCAACUUGUGGCGAUGGUUGGAAACCCCUCUAACUCCCAGAUGCUUUUUUGUAGUAGGUGCUCAUGUUGACUGCACUGUCCCAACAGAUACUUUAGGCGGACUUGACCUUGGGAAGGUCCAGAACAGGCUCGGUUGUUAAUUGCUGAGGUGUGCCGUGGCCAGGAAUCGAACCCAGGUCAUCCAAGAUUGUAACUGCAUUGCACAAACCACAAUUCCACGACUCCCAGCAUACAGUAGUUACUGUAUAUAAAAUGCAUACACUGUACGUACACUGUAUGCGCUUAUAAUAUACAGCGCCGUAUUAUAUAAUGUAGACACAAAAUCUAUAAAGUACAAAUUAUAGAAAUACUGUAGAUAUAUAAAUUAUAUAUACUGUGUUGUAAAAACAUACAGUAUAUUGUACAUACACAACUUUAUAUAGUAUACUGUAUGCAACAAAACCUUAAUAUGUACUAAACUGUACAUAUAUACUGUGCGCAUUGCAGUAUCUAAAAUAGUAAAUGAGCAGAAUAUAAAAGUAGUCCGUAUCGUGUAAUGAAUCAAAUUAUUUAUGUCUAGUACAUAGACACAUUUUUAAAACAAUAUAUUAACUCUAAGACACGUUCACUUUACGCCGUUAAAUUCCUCAUCCACAUUGGUGUGGGCGGACACAUUUUUGCAAAUAGAAAUCUCCAUUCUGUUUUGGAACAACAUUCUAAGUCCACUUGUGCACAUAGUUUGGAAACUCAUUUUACAUAUAUAACAAACAAAAACAAAUGUCACGAGGAAUAACAAAAAUGUGUACAACAAAGUAAGUAGAAAAUAACUCUUAUCCGUGCUGAUAUGGAGGAGGACUGCGCGAACAUUGACGAUCCUUUAAUUAUGGGAUUAUCAAAAAAUAUAGUCCAUUUAUCAUGGACAAGAGCAGAUACUAGGAUGAAUUUAUCAAUGAAGUUCCACUUAUCCGUAAAGAAAUUUCGGAUGAUAGUUCUGGAUUGCAUGGCGUGGGCAGAAAUGUGGAUAAUCGCGGAUAACAGAAAGAAUAUUGGUAUUUUUCACCUGAAGGCGAUUGCUUGUGUUGUGAUCGAAACGUCGUGAUAUUUUUUAUUAUGUUUCUAUCUACGUGGCUUUACCGAAAGACCCAUAAAAUAAAUAUUGUCACGGAUAAGAGUUCUACUGUGCACAUGUCAGGAUUUGCAUCUAAGGAACUUUACUGUACUGCAAUAUGGUGCAUGACCAAAACAAAUACUGCUAAAAUUAAAAGGAGCUACUGUACUAAAUAAUCAAUACAAAAUAAUUUUGAGGUUAUUAGAAUAUUAAACCUUCGUGAAAUGUGUUUAAUAGCAACAAUGUAUUCUCUGCAUUUGGGUUGUUUCCUGUUCUUGUCAUAAUAUUUUGAGCCUUUACAUUACCAGGGGGACAGUCCAUUAAGAAUCAGUAUCUUGCUAAAGGAGGCCUAGGGACAUACACAGAUAAGUAAGCAAAGUUAUAAAAGGUAUAAAAGGUUUAGCAAAAUAAACAACGUAAAACUUGCCGCUAAGGUAACUUAGUGGAAACAAAUGCAUUGUAUAAGCUGACAAUUGAGAAAAGUGAUUUUAUUUCCAUUCACACUUCAUAAAAAAUUAUAUUCGUAAUAGUUUUUUUUACAUUAAAAUAAAUGAUCGACGUAACGAUUGUUUGCACUACCAGCAUCUAAAGCAUUGGUAUUUAUAAUCGUCCUUGCUUCAUUACACCUAAAAUUAAAUGUUUCGAUUAUAAAUACAAAAGUUGUGGCCGGUUGUAAUUGUGAAAGUCCCCAGCCAACACAUUGAAAAUGAAUGAAUGAAUAAAUACAAAUAUUAAUCAUUUAUAUAGCCUUCUGUCAAUCCACUGUUGGAUGGAGGCCUCCCAAAUGCCGUGUUGCUUGCCUGAUGGUGCUUCGCCAAUGCUGAUGAGUGUGGGUUGAAGGUGGGGUGUGUGUGGAGGGAAGUGAAGUGACGCCCUUGCUGGUUCACAGACAUCUCUCGUCACUGAAGGUUUCCUGUGUGGCCAGUAAUUGAACUCGAGCCUCCAGGUUCAUGGCAAAGCGUGCGAGCAACUUCGCCACCUCUACAUCACCCCCAUCUUGUACAACACUGCAUAGUAUUUUACAUAUGUGGAAUGAAAAGAAAAAAUAUUCCGGGAUUGUCUGAAAAUGUCGUCCAUUUACGUGUGAACUAAUGCGGACAAAAGCAGAUCAAAGAUGAAUUUGCCAGUGAACUUCAACUUAUCCGUGAAAAAAUAUUGUUUUUUUUUCUUCUUAAAAAUUGUUUGGUUCAUAUUAGGUCGCUACUUGCUUUGCACUACUGUUUGCAAAAUAUCCAUGUCCAAGUGGAUAACAGCCUCUGCGAUCGCAUACUGAAGCUGGUUCUGUACGCCAGCAUGUCUGCUCUACUCACAAUUGGUCCUUAAGCCAGCAAUUCUCUCUGCGGCCACAUCGUUGGUAUUCCGAGUGGGAUCCGUUAGGUGAUGAAACGUUUAGUGCAUCCACAGUUGGUUUUGCGAGCAAGUCUGUGGCCUCCACAUGUGCAAUUGCCGCUGUAAAUGUCCACGAAGCUUUGCUUGUGCACCGUUGCUAUUGUAAAGUGUAAUAGUUAAGUAGCCUGUGCCUGAGCAGUUGGUACUGUGCGUUAAUUGAAUGAUAGCCUAUGCGUAUGAACAAUUAUGGCUCCAUUAACGUGCGCACAGUAGUUGGCGUCUGUGGACAACGAAAGUGAACGGUGGUUCACCGUUGAAUACGAUGUCGGGUUAAACGGCAGCAGCGGAGCUGUACGCUCGUACACGUGUCUUGUCACGUAAACCCCACGUGAGAGCCCAUUGGGACCCCAUGAAGUCCCCUCGUCUCGAGAGGCUUGCCUCGUGAAGCGAUGCGGCAAAUACGUAAACAUGCCGGAAAUGCCGUGAAUUUGAAAUCGAUGUCGAACACAUUAGACACGUCAACAAAUAAAUUAACAGUCAUGUAGCGUACAUUUGCAUGAAUGUAAAUUCAUUUUCCAGUCAUACACUCUACAUUUUAGGUGAAGAGAAUAUUGUUAAAACGCAGUUACAGUCACAAUGACCAAGCAACGAAUUAAACUUGGCAUACAUAAAUAAAUAAAUAAACUGCCAAGGAUAGGGAUAAGGUUGGACUACAGCUAUUUAUACUGCUUGUUUGGCUCGUUUGUUCAUGGUUAGAGGGGCAAUUUUUUGGCUUCAGUUGGCCAGAGUGGUACAUCCCCUAUGCAGUGCGCCUCGACGCUCCAAAUUGGCAAUUACUAGAUUUUCGCUCACUUUUUUCAUUUUAGACACAGUUGUUAAUAGAAGCAGGCAGUACUGCGCGUGCAGUCAGUCCCUGACAUUUAGAAAAAAAACAAAUGUGAGAAGCGUUGGCUUUACUUGAAAUUAUGUAACUGCAAGUGGCAUCUCGCGUGUUUCGUAAUGGUGUUAGGACACAAAGAGCUCAUGUAUAAUUGAGUGCAGCUCUGGUAGCCCAUUGCCUUUGGAUUACAAAGAAGACCUCAAUAGUGCAGUAAUACUUACAAAAUUCAACAACUCCCCCAAAAAAUCCGCAAGUUUUUGCAAUUGCAAUCACGGCCUUUUAUUUAGCAAUCACAAUCAUAACCUUUGUUCGGCAAGUCGCCCAAGGUAUGUUAUACUGCUGCCUGCUAAGCCGCUUACCAAGAUUUCCACCCAUUGAUCUAUAACAGUACAGUCGUUUCAGAUGUUUGUAGAAAUCCCGAACCAAAAUGGCCACUUGCUGAUGAUCAUUGACUACAACUUUUCACAAGAUGGCAUUCCCGUGUACGUGCGAUAACGGCAUCAUGCCAUGGCCAGUCUUCCUGUAUUAUGGUAGUCCCUGAUUGUUGUCUUUGACUCCUCAUGCAGUUAAUGCCUUCAUAAUUGUCUCCUCACCACCACACUCAUUACAAUUGAAAUCAAGGGACCCGUUGUCUGGUCACACAUUCCCCUGCAUUGUGUUUUUUGCUCGACACUGAAAGCAAAGCAUUCUUUUUCUUCCUAAAUUGUAUUUACCAUUGUUGUUAACUACUGUAAAUGUGUUGCUCGUAUACCUCGUUUUCUCGGACCUUGCUGGCUGUUCAUUCCCAACAGCAGAAGCACAGCACCCAUUUUGCUUAUGCUACCCGAUUCCCCGUCAAAACAUACGACACCACAAAAACAACAAGAAACAACAAUCCUGACAAGGCUGAUGAGCAGCCAAGAUCACCAAGUAAACUCUGCACGCGAGUUCUCCUGGACGGUUAUAACUACUCUGGCAAGCAGCUCUGGAAAAAGACUCUCAUCCCCGCGGUCCAUGCGUAAAAUUCCUCGACACAACCUCGAGUGGUGGCGUCAAGCACCCAAGUGUGGGCCUUAAUUGUCGGCCUCAAGUCCCAAAAAACGGACACUCCACUGCAGUAGUUUUAAUCCCAAGUAACCGGCCCUCUUCGGUUCCCAUGCCCGGAUUCUCAACGGCGUCCACCGACUGGGGGACACAACAAUGACGGGGACUUGUUCCCGCCGGCCGCCUUUGGGCUUCAACAGAGGGCUUCCUGCCAGCAAAGCAUGGAGGCCCUGUGGAGUACAACGGUGUGAUGUGGCAGUGGGCUUCAACGGCAAAUCACCCGGCUAAAUGGGGCACGAGUCUCGUUGGAUUUUUUUUAUUUUGGCAGGAGAAAGAAGGACGGACGUUUAAAAGUUUUUUUUUCUAGGUCCUCCACAAUCGUUGCACAAAGUGCGAGUCUGAUUUGUUUGGGGGGAGAGGCGUUACUUGUUGGAAGCGUCGUGAUAAGCUAUGUAAUGAAAUUGGAAUAUUUGUCAGCGUUUUUUAUUUGUUUCGAUUUUUUUUGUGUGCGUAUGUAUGUGUGUAUUGCGCACAACAAAAGACAUUGACACGUGGACAGUGUUGUGCAAGGAAAUGAAUAUUGCUCCCUACAAAGUGGCACUGGACUUGAUGAUUCAGUGAGACAAUGUGCCAAGGUUUUCCGAGAUGUUUUAAAGAACUCGAACGCAAAAAGGAAAAAAAAAACUUUUAGAAAAAAUAUAUAAAGAGAAGAGAUAAAAUAUAUACAUAUAUAAAUAUUAAGGCGUUCUAUUGUGACUUUUUCAUAUAAGAGAUUGUGGUCUUAAAAUGCUACUAAAAGUAAUUAUAUGAAGAAGAAGAAGAAAAUAAAGGAAGAAUGGCGCGCAUAAAGCAGGAAGACUGAAGAGACUAUUGUGUUUAUAAUUUAUAUAAACGUAUUUAUUUGUGGUUUUUUUUUAUGACAAGGUUCACCUUUGUGUACCCAUAGUUAAUUUGGCCAUGAUGGACCUGUGUGGUGACUGCACCAAAAACCUACUUUUGUUUUAUACUUAGGACACACAAACAGUUCCCACACAUGUAAACGCAACGUACAAUAUUUAUUUCACCGCAAUUGAUCGGUAUUUGUCUUGCUUUUUUCGGCUUGCUGUUUUAAAAUUGUCGAUGGAAUAGGUGUCACUAUAUGAACACGAUAUUUUCGUUUUUGCUGUAAACUAAAAAGAAGGCAUCGAGACAGUCGUGCUUUGCAAGAUUGGGUUUUUAUUGGUUUUGCAAAUUCCAUUUUUGUAAUACUACUGCGUAGGUUUCUGCGCUUUGUGCUCUGUAGCUCUCCGAUGUUUUUUUGGGUUGCCCUGCUUGUGGUUCGGCACGAUGUCCGACAUUUUGCUCCACGUGCUGGGAGCAUCUUCAGAUAUUCAACACUUGAAGCUUCGAGGUCACGGAGGGAAAAUGACCGGACAUUAUGCGGAACACGCAGAGCGAAAUGUCGGACGUCACGCCAAACAACGCGCGGUGCAACUUGUAAGCGCAUCAGAGAGCUAUCCGUUUUUGUAAUGUUCAUACACGAGUAUGGUAACCUGGGGGAGCAUCACAAUCUGCACCGUAGUGAGAUUUAGACAAGAGUAAAAAAGAGAAUUAUAUUUUGUAAAUGUAUCUAAGUGGCCGAGCACACGUGUUUCACAAGCGCGCGUAUAUAUUUUCGGAGAAAGUGCAUUAAUUGUAGGGUGUGGGUGUUGUAUUAUUGCUGCAGUCAUGUGAUGUCCCCCUUGAACCUUUGACCUUUAACCCUUCCCUUAGCCCCAACUAUCCACUCUCCCUUGCCCCCCCUCCUUCCGCCCCUGCAACUAUUGUACAAAUUGCUCCACAUAUUCAAUUAUAACUUGGCCCCAGCAGAAUUAAUCAGUGAAUAAAUCGAUACAUUAAUACUGUAA